UUACACAACACGAAAAUGGCGGACGUGGAAUUGCCAGAAUGCGAAGGAACAAGCUUUUCCAUCGAGGAAAUCACUCAACACAAUAAAGAUGGAGAUGCUUGGGUWAUUCAUUCUGGAAAAGUUUACGACGUUAGCAGUUUUUUAGAGAGACAUCCGGGAGGGAAAGACAUUUUAUUGAACAACUCCGGGAGAGACAUUACUACWAUCAUGUCUGACGACCAAACACAUAGGCACAGCAAGAUUGCCUAUGGCUGGCUGCAUAAAUACUACAUUGGUAAACUCCUAGAAAAGGAAUGUAAAAGUGAUGAGGAUAACUUGGACAAUGUCUGUGUUGAUGGUUGGAGAGAGGACAUGGUUGACUGGGACAAACCUAUGCUUGCACAAGUUGGCAAACUUGGUCCAAACUACAUCAAAUGGGUGCACUCUCCAGUGGACCGACCAUUGCGGCUAUUCUCGUCAAGUUUUGUAGAGAUAUUUUCCCGCACUCCAUGGUUUCUUGUGCCAGUCAUCUGGAUUCCUGUAGUUAUUUAUUCAGCAAUAAUGGCUGUAAAACAUCUGAAUGUUGAGUUUAACGACAACCAUGACAGCCGGUCUUUUUCAGUAGGAUAUUCCUUUGUGUCGCUGUUCGUAAUUGGUUGUCUUUUGUGGUCUCUAGUUGAAUACUGCCUUCACAGGUUUCUAUUUCACCUGCUUCCGCCAGCAGAUUCACCAUUUUGGAUAACUUUUCACUUCUUUCUUCAUGGUCAACACCAUAAGGUGAGUUUGAUAAUUACCCUGGUGGUGCCAGUCCAUAUUCAAAGCCAUAACUAUACAUGGUGAAUCUGUCAUGUUCCAACAAAAUAAAACAAGGCUUUUUUUAUGGGCUCAAGUUUGAUAUAAUGUCCUUCACAGCCUACCCUUUUGUCAGUCUUUUGGGACGAGGCAGGAAAACAGGAAGCUUUGUAACUCUUUCACAAAGUGAAAACCACCAUAUUGUUUGCUUUGUAUAUAUUACCUUUUUUAUUAAUAUUAUGAUUGCAAUUUUCUAACAAAUCUGAACUUUUUGCAU